GAAGAAGAAAUCAUAGAGGUUAUGUAAUUUCAAAUUUUAUCACUAAUUUGCCUUUUAUUUAUUCUUAAAUUUUGAAUCAAAAAUCAAAAUAAGUAUCAAACACUUGUAAAAUAUAAUUUUACAAAAUUUGUUCACAAUGGUUGAGAUACAACGGCAAAGAAUCGAACAAGAAAUGACCAAACUACUGAAUGAUUUGGAUUUACAUUAUUUGAGAAAGAUGCAGGCUGAUAUGCAUCGUUGUGCUGCUGUUUGUUGUGAAAAUAAAGAAGCGUCUCUAGAAAAAGUUCAGAAAUGUGUAGAAAGCUGUUCUGUAAGAAUAAAUUGGGCCCAAUCGUAUGUACAAACCGAAAUGGAUCACCUUCAAAAUAAAUUACAAAGGUGUGUUAUGGAAUGUAAUGAUGAUGUUAAACUCAAAAUGGGACCCAACCCCAGUGAUUCUGAAGUACAAAAAUUUACUGCAUUAUUCGAAACAUGCGCUACAAAAUGUGUAGAUACCCAAGUCGAGUAUAUUCCUUCUUUAUUAAAUAGAAUGAAAGCAAAUAUUUCGAAACAACAAACAUGAAUUUUUGAGUCGAAUAUUUUUUUGUAGAGUUACAAAUUAUUAAUAAAAGUUAAUUAUUA